ACACACACACACACACGCACACACACACAACACAUACACACACGGGCAUGAUCUAUCUGUUUGUCUGUCUAGUGGUGCAGAGAAUGACUCAGGAGGAUCCUCACCAGGACCACCACCACUCACCAGAUCCCUGGAUGUAACCUGACCCUGUAUUCUGGGCCUUUGCCUGGUUGGGAAGACACAGGACUGUGUUUUUUUCCAGGCAGGGUGGGGUGGAUGGCUUCUUGUGGGUUAGUAGUGUUGUGACUGUGUUUGUUGCAGGAUGGAAGGAAGGAAGGAAAGAAGGUUUGGCUAGUGGCUGGACAGGGACGGAGGCAAGAGGGUGAUCUCCUAAUCAAAACAGGAGAAGGACCAUGGGAGAUAUGAAGACGCCAGACUUUGAUGACCUGCUGGCGGCCUUUGACAUCCCUGACAUGGUGGAUCCUAAAGCUGCUAUUGAAUCUGGCCACCAUGAUGACCACGAAGGACAGCUCAAGCAUUCAAGCAGCUCAGGGACUACCAAUGAAGAUGAAGCCCACCACCCCUCAAUAGGACAUGAUGUUGGUGUCAGUGUCAUUGUUAAGAACAUCCGAAACACAGACACUACUGAGCAUGGUGGAACCAUAACAGAAAAGAAUGGGCAUUUCCAAGGCCAUCCCCGACCCCAUUCAGUUGGCAAUGGCAAUGGACUUCAUAAUGGCCCUGUGCCCAAAAUACCACCAGGUACUCAUUACACAAAGAAUGGAUGGAAUGCUCCAGGAGAAGAAAGACGGCCACCUAACAACCAAUUGUCUACCUUCAAUCAGUUCAGCCCGAUCUCUAGUGCAGAGGAGUUUGAUGAUGAUGAUAAAAUUGAGGUAGAUGACCCUGUGGACAAGCAGGGAAGUCACUCAUUCUUUAGGGCCACUGCUAAGCGAGAGGACCCGAUUCCCAAAUCUCAUGUAUCAGGGGACAAUGUUUCCAAGCCUAAAACAAAUGUAAACCAAAAACCUGUUAAAAAAAAUAACAAUGGCACUCUGUGUGGUUCCAAGUCUGAUGACCCCCCUCAAUCAAGUUUACCUGAGGUGGAACUCAAGGAAAUUGCCUUAAGGUCUCAUGGUCAGGGAUGCAAGGAGGCUGGAGAGUCAUUAGGGCCCGUUAAUGUGUCCAGUAUGUCUCAAGUCAAAGCGAAGUCCUCUGCAAAGCUCUCAUCUUGUAUAGCAGCCAUAGCUGCCCUCAGUGCCAAAAAGGCUAGUUCUACAGAUCUGAGUGUUUUUGAUUCUCCCACAAAAGAGAAAGAAUGUAUUCAGGCCAAUGAAAAUCCAAGAGAUCUGCAAAAGCCACAUGAGCAGGAAUCUGCACUAGAGUUUGCAAAGAGGCUGCUAACAAAAACACCAGACAGCCCAUCCAGUGUCACCAGUGAGGGUAGCAGCAAAGGUUCACCUGCCUCAAGUACAGACACUGCACCUGUCAUCCCAAAAGUCAGGAUCAAAACAAUCAAGACCUCAUCCGGCCAAAUCAAACGUACUGUCACAAGAGUUCUGCCAGAAUUUGAUCCAGAGGGUCUGAGAAAAGGAGAGACUAGCCCAUCUAUCAUGGCGACCACCAGUGCAAUUUUCUCAUCUCCCACAAGGCACUCUCUUCCAACUACAGUAGUAGCUACCACAGGAGGCGCUUCAAUUGAAAUAACCAAGCAAAUGACUAUUAAACCUGUGGCAACAGCUUUCCUGCCUGUCUCAGCAGUCAAGACAGCUGGUUCCCAAGUCAUCAACCUAAAGCUUGCUAACAACACUACAGUCAAAGCAACAGUCAUACCUGCUGCAUCAGUGCAAAGUGCCAGCAGUGCCAUCUUAAAAGCUGCUAAUGCCAUCCAGCAGCAGACUGUCAUGGUACCUGCCUCCAGUUUGGCUAAUGCCAAGCUUCUGCCAAAAACAGUCCAUCUUAGUAACCUCAAUCUUCUGCCCCAGACUGUAUCCUCUGCUGUCUGUGAUCUUCAACAGGCCUUGUCCUCCUCUAAACAACCACAGCAUCAACAAUCACAAGUCAAACAGAAGACAAUUCUCCCAGGCCGAGCCUCGAAGAAAGUCUCUCGGGUUCAAGUGUUUGCCAGCUCUCAAAGCUCUGUAGUGGAUGCCUUCAAUAAAGUCCUGAGUAGCAUAAAUCCUGUCCCUGUGUAUGUCCCAAACCUCUCUCCACCAACCUCAGCUUGUAUCUCUCUACCCUCACGUGGCUACAAGUGUCUGGAGUGUGGAGAUUCAUUUGCUCUUGAGAAGAGCCUGACACAGCACUAUGAACGUCGCAGUGUGCGGAUUGAGGUCACGUGCAACCACUGUACCAAAAGUCUAGUGUUCUACAACAAAUGCAGCCUGUUGUCUCAUGCCAGGGGCCAUAAGGACAAAGGGGUUGUCAUGCAGUGCUCACAUCUAAUCCUAAAACCAAUCCCUGCAGAUCAGAUGAUAACCACAUCGCCCCCAUCAGAUCCACCCAACAUCACUGGCACAACCUCCACUUCCCAAGCAGUAGUACCCACAGGUCAAGGGAGAGCCGCUGGUGGUGGGUCCCAGAGUGCAGUGAUUACAGCUCCAUGCAGUGCUCCUCUUGUGGCAGCCAUGCCCUUGGAGGAUGAUGCAUCAAAGCUCUCCAGGCACAACUUAAAGUGCUUGGAGUGCAAUGAAAUGUUCCAGGAUGACAGUUCAUUAGCUAUGCACUAUCAACAGGCAUCGGAGUCCAGUGAUCAGAAAACAUGCACCAUCUGCCAAAUGCUUCUCCCAAAUCAGUGCAGCUUUCUGUCACACCAGCGAAUCCACCAGCACAAGUCUCCAUACAUCUGCCCAGAGUGUGGCGCCAGCUGCCGUUCUGUCCACUUCCAGUCUCAUGUCACCAAGAACUGCCUACAUUACACCCGUAGAGUUGGCUACCGCUGUGUCCACUGUAGUGUGAUCUUCGCUGAUGUCACAACUGUAAAAUCCCACAUCCAGAGCACUCACUGUGAGGUCUUCUAUAAAUGUCCUCUCUGCCCCAUGGCGUUCAAGUCUGCACCUGGAACGCACUCUCAUGUGUACACACAGCAUCCCGGAAUGAAAGCAGGGGAACCCAAGAUGAUCUACAAGUGUUCCAUGUGUGAUACCGUGUUCACAUUGCAGUCUCUGCUCUACACACACUUCGACCAGCAUGUCGUCAAUCAGAAAGUUUCAGUGUUCAAAUGCCCUGACUGCUCCAUGCACUACGCACAGAAACAGCUCAUGUUGGAUCAUAUUAAGACCAUCCAUGGAACCCUGAGGACCAUCGAGGGUCCACCAAACCUGGGGAUCAACCUCCCUCUCAGUACCAAGCCCACUAAUGACAACAACGCCAAUAACAACAGCAGCAAAGAUGGAGGAAAUGUUAAUGGUCAAGACAAGGGGGAAAAGAAGCCUUCACUUUCACCGCUAAAGAAAACAAUCAGUAACUGCUCAGCAGACUUAAAGAAUCCCCCUGGCACGGGAUAUACAUGUGGAGACUGCAACAACCUCUUCAGUUCCAGGGAGGUCUUUGUGGCUCACAUGAGGCGUGAACAUGGCAAGAUACUGAAGAAACACCCAUGUCGUCAAUGUGACAAGUCCUUCAGCUCCUCCCACAGUCUUUGUCGACACAACCGUCUGAAACACAAGGGGCUGCGGAAGGUCUACACCUGCCCGCACUGCCCAGCUCUCAGUCAGCCGUUCACUAAAAGAGUGCUGCUGGAUCAGCAUAUUCAGCUGAUGCAUGGAGCCAAAGACCCAGAGGGGAAGACUGUCAACUCUGAUAAUAUGGAGGCUUCACCUGACAAGAAAACGAGCCUCAGCCCAAAAAGGAAGCCAGAGGAGGAUGACGGGGCUCCAGGCUUGAACUCGAGGGGUUCUGACUCACAGCCACUGAAGAGGCUCAAGGUGAACAUCCUUAAAGUCCACAAUUGUGCAGUCUGCAGCUUCACCACCGAGGACAUCGCAGCGUUCCACAAGCACAUUCCUCAGCACAAGUCUGACGGCUCGUCCUAUCAGUGUCAGGAGUGUGGCCUGUGCUACACCUCGCACCGCUCACUGGCCCGACACCUCUUUAUCGUGCAUAGGCUGAAGGAGCCACAGGGCCUCAUCCGGUACCACGGACGGGGCAAAGACGACGACGAGAGUCAGAGAGAGAACCAGCUGGAUGUUACAGAUGAGAACGACGACGGGACGCCAAAUACCAAAUGCAAAGUUUGUGGGAAGAAUUUUGAAACGGAGGGAAACCUGAACACUCACAUGAGGACACAUGGGAUGGCGUUCAUAAAGUCAAAGAGACUGAGCGCGACUGAGAAGUGAGAGGGAAAUACUUUCAAAUCAU